UCUUCACUGCUUCGGCUAGCAAGGGCUGGGCUUCGUUCCGUUACAGCUGGGAGGCUGCGGUUCGCCAACAUUUCCAUGGCGGACCAGGAAUAUCCCGAAGCCGUACUCGUUACCGAGGCUGGGCCGCAGUGGCUCCGAGUCGAGGUGGAGCGACUCACCCGGGAGCUGAGAGAAACAACGCAGGAAAAGAUUCAGGCGGCGGAAUAUGGACUGGCGGUUCUGGAGGAGAAACAACAGCUCAAGCAACGAUUUGAUGAGUUGGAGACCGAGUAUGAGGCGGUCCGACAGGAGCUUGAUCAGCUCAAAGAGGCCUUCGGGCAAGCACACUCGGCCCACAGGAAGGUGGCAGCAGAUGGAGAGAGCAGGGAGGAAUCGUUGAUCCUGGAGUCGGCCAGUAAGGAGGCGCAGUACCAGCAGAAGGUCCUGGAGCUGCAGAAUGACCUUCGCCAGGCCAAAGUCUCAAUCGCCAGUGUGCAAGCUGAGAAUGAGCGCCUGUCGCAUAUCACUUUGGAAAUGAGAGAGACUUCUGAUCAGGUGGAGCUACAGCGAAGUCAGCUUCGGGAUGACAUUCGAGAGUAUAAGGUGCGGGAGGCCCGGCUGCUGCAGGACUACAGUGAACUGGAAGAUGAGAACAUCUCUCUCCAGAAACAAGUGUCUGCACUGAGACAGAACCAGGUAGAAUUUGAAGGCCUCAAAUACGAGAUCCGCCGUCUGGAGGAGGACUCCCAGUGCCUAAACAGUCAGCUAGAAGAUGCCAUGCGGCUGAGGGAGAUUGCUGAGCGCCAGCUAACUGAGGCCUUAGAGACUAUUAAAACGGAGCGUGAACAAAAGGCCACACUGCGCAAGGAGCUCUCCCAUUAUGUGACAAUCGGUGGUUCUGUUUACAAUGGCUCGUUCAAUAUCUCCUUCGACAACCUGAAACUUCAUGAUGAUUCCUCCGCAAUCUCUGAUCUGGACAAUGAUGACCUAAUCCGAGGCUUUGAGAAUGGCUUGAUCAAAGCAGGAGAAGCUGACAAAGACAACGACUCAACGGCGGGCCAGAGAGGAGACUCCUUCAAGCCUGCUCCGAGCCUGGUGGACGACCUGUUGAGUGAGCUCAACAUUUCAGAGAUUCAGAAACUGAAACAACAGCUUGGGCAGGUGGAAAGGGAGAAAAUGGCCCUCAUCAACACUCUUCAGGAGAACCAGAAGCAGCUUGAACAAGCCUAUGGCACUGUUUCCGAGCAAAAAGAAACCGUCAACAGACUCACUGAAAAUCUUAGUGCCAUGAGGAAACUUCAGGCCAGCAAAGAGCGUCAGUCUGCCCUCGACGGUGAAAAAGAUCGCGACAGCCACGAAGAUGGAGAUUACUAUGAGUUGGACAUCAACGGACCUGAGAUUCUGAAGUGUAAAUACACUGUGGCCGUGUCCGAAGCUGGUGAGCUGAGGCAGGAGCUUAAGACGCUAAGGGCACAGUAUGAGAUUUGUCGAACCCAAUACGAAGAAGAACGAGCACGAUUAGAGAGUGACCUUCAUGAGCUUAGAUCAAGGUUGGCCUCCGUGGAGAAGAUCAGCCAAGCAGAUAAAAUAGAGAUGGCCCGUCUGGAGAAGGAGCUCCGUCUGGUUAGCGAGACUGCAGGAGAAUCACUUGGGAGCCUCAAUGUAGCCCAAGAUGAACUCAUAGCGUUCAGUGAGGAACUGGCAAAUCUGUACAACCACGUUUGCAUGUGCAACAAUGAGACCCCCAACCGUGUCAUGUUGGACUACUACAAGGAGGGAAAAGCAUUGGUGAGGCGAGGACAAGAAGCAAAGGCACGCCCCUCUUCUAUUCUUCUCACAAACGGACUCAUACCGGAAACGGACCCUAAAAAGUCAGACUCUGUUGAGACCGCUGUCGUCUCCGCCCCGGAGACUCGCCCAGAGCCCAUGAACAUCUAUAACCUGGUCGCCAUCAUCCGAGACCAGAUACGCCACCUGCAGCAGGCGGUGGACCGUACCACGGAGCUGUCCCGCCAAAGGCUGGCCAACCUGGAGCUGAGCAACGUGGCAGAUAAGGAUAAGGAGGCUUGUAUGGAGGAGAUCCUUAAACUGAAAUCUCUACUCAGCACUAAGAGAGAACAGAUCGCUACGCUCAGAGCUGUGCUCAAAGCCAACAAACAGACAGCUGAGGUUGCACUGGCGAAUCUGAAGAGCAAAUACGACAGUGAGAAGGCCAUGGUGACUGAGACCAUGAUGAAGCUCCGCAAUGAACUUAAGGCUUUAAAAGAAGAUGCUGCAACCUUCUCUUCACUCAGAGCCAUGUUCGCGUCAAGAUGUGACGAGUAUGUGACCCAGCUGGACGACAUGCAGAGACAAUUGGCGGCAGCGGAGGACGAGAAGAAGACAUUGAACUCCUUGUUACGGAUGGCCAUCCAGCAGAAACUGGCCCUCACUCAGCGUCUGGAGGACCUGGAAUUUGAUCAUGAGCAGGCACGCCGCAACACUGCGACAUUAGCAGCGGGAAAGGGCAAGACUAAGGGCAAGGGAGCCCCGUCCGGUCAUCAUUAAAUCUCUCAAAUCAAGUGUCCUUGCGGAGUUUGAUCAGUAUGCAGUUUCCAGACACCUCUCCUCUUGGUGUUUUCACUCUAUAAUUAUGUUCUAAAUCUUGCAUACACCCGAUCAUACACAAGGGCCUUGUUUUAAAGUGCCAAAACUAUUUUGUAAAGUGUUACAUGCCACAUCAGCUGUGUCUACGGUCCUUCAAGUGUCAAGAACGGGCGCCAUUCCGAUAAAUGAAUGGAAGAGUGACCAUGAUUAAUUAUUUGAUUACUUUCCUGUGUGUGCAUUACCCCGACUGAGCACUUUGAAUACUUGUUGCCGCUUUCUUUCUGAGAGUUUUCUUUUUUAACUUUUCUAAUAUUAUGGCAUAUUUUUACAGAAAGUGCAUUUUUACCAGCAUGGCUGUUCGUUUCUGAGUUACCAAGUUUCGUUGUUUAUUUGUAUUUAUUUUAUAUUAAGAAAUCACAGUCAAAAGCCUGAAUUUUCAACCCAUUUUUCAAAUUGUGAAAAAUGAAGUGUGACAAUUUCUGUUAACAGGAUACUAGUAUGAUAAUGAAAUACAUAAUUCAGAAUAAAUUAUUUCUAACCAUGGCAAAGCAAACUAUGCUUGAUAUAAAUAUGGAAAAUAAUGCAAACUUGUAUUUAAAGCGGCUUAAGUUAAGGAUUAAUGUUAAUAUUCUUUUAUUUACAGAAGAAAUUAUUUCCUGGAUUUGUGUAUUGCUAUACAGUUUAUGACUUUAAAAAGCUUUUUAUUCAAAACGUUCACCUCCAGUGCCAUUUUGUGUGAUGGUGAAAGUGCAAUUUCUAAGACUAGUAAAAUCCUCUUUGGUCAUGCCAAAUGAAAAUAAGUGACAUGUUAUUUCCCAUGUUUUCCUAUUUAAGUCAUGUUUCAUUACAGUUAUCGUUCAGUUGUGAUGAACAGAGGUGGUCAAUGAAAUCAUUUCAUCAAGACUUGUGGUAAAACACUAGCAAAUGUUAUACUGCAGACUACAGUAUAUGUGAACAGUUAGACUGGUAAACAAAUAAAACAAUUCUAACUAACGGUUCUGAAGAGUUAUUUAUUUGUGGGAAAAAAUUGCAAUUGUGAAGUAAUCGUCCAUCUGUGUGAUAAAAAGACAUAUAGUGAAUGGUGAUUUAUGUAAAUAUUCAUAGUGACACUGAGAAAUUACAUUUUGGGAGCAAUGCACACACCAGCUACAUAUUUCCCACUCAAAAUUUAUUUUUAUUCAUUCAUUCAUUUGUCAUAUCUUUUAUGCUUGGAGAGGUGCUGGAGCCAACCGAAGUGACAAAUUAUAUGGGAAAGGCGGGGUACCCAACCAGUCGCAGGGCACAUAUAGCCUAGAGACAUCUCACACUUAACAUUCACACCUAGGGGUAAUUUAGGGUGCGCCAUAAGCCUACAAUGUUUUUGAUAGAUGUC